GAGAGCUGAGCAACUCGCCGCCAUUUUCAAUGCUCACAGACCAGCGCAAGUCAGCAAAACCAAAGCGCUCCGAACCAUGAAGUGCGCAGCGGCUUGGUUCAUAUGUGUUUCAUUUGGCCACUGCUCAACCAAUUGGUUCUAUGGUGUAGUGGUAGCACUUUGGAUUCUGAUUCCAACAACCUGGGUUCGAUCCCCAGUAGGACCUUUCUUUUUGUACUCACAAGCAAACCUAACCUCACUAGAGGGUAAGGUAAAAAUAUUUUUUUGCAACAUGACUUUCUUUCGAUUCUCGUCGUUUUUUUUUUCUUUCCUCUUCUUACAACCCUGGCCAAGUGCAAUAGACUUUGAAGGAUUUGUUAAGAGAAAUUGUUAGCUGUCAGCAAAUUCAGAAAAAUGCGACGCGUCUGACAAGCUCAUGGGAUCCGCCCUGUGAGGCUGCAGGCUGCAGCUUUGCUGAUAUGAAGCUGAUAUGAAGGGAAAUAACGUCCGAACAAGUCUUGUAGAUACACCAUUCGUGGUAAACUUGUGCUUGGAGUUCACAAACAAGACUCCAUUUAGUUAGGC